GUUCUAAAAUAAUAAAAAACGCGAAGUGAAAUCCGAAAAUCGUAGUUAUAUUUAAAAAAAAAUUAUCUGUGCUGUAUAAGGAUUCUAUUAUCUUUUUUAUUAUGACAUAAGCUGUCAAACAAUGUUCAAAGUUUUCUUUGCAGUACUUGUACCUAAACAUCUUACAUCUUCAAUAUUUACAAAGCUUAAACAUUGAUUACCUGUCGUUUAAAAAAUAAUAUUGUUAAGUUUUUCCUACAUCGCAUAUAAUAAGCAUGAAAAUUAUUUGCUUUUCCAACUAAGAAUGGAAAGGAUUUUUGUAUUGUUUUGUUUAUUGUUAUAUAUCAGCGAAGUAUUCACAUUACCUUACGACGUUCACUGGCUACAUGGCUCUGCAACUAUAGAUCGUGAUAUACAACCCUUAAAGCAAAAUGUAGAUGUGUAUUGUUACCCUGGUUCACCAAAAAAUUUAAUGGCAUUAUGGCAAACAGCAAAGUUCCAUAUAAAGAUAAAGGAUGAUGAGUUCAGCCAAUAUAUCGGCAAUACUCCUGAGCAAGUGUACAAUGACUAUAAAGAGGAUAGCUUUAGCUGGACGGUUGUGAAUCCCUUUCUAAAAAAAUCCUACAGAACGGUAUCACUUGACAUUUUCACACCGACCUGUAUGGCAAUUAAUACUAAACAGAAGCAUACCAUUGAAUUGCAGAUACAAAGAAUAGAUUUAUGGAGGGUUCUGAUGAUGGUAAUUGGUAUAAGUGCUAUAUUUGCAUCCCGAUCACUAAGUGGUAAUCCUGUUUUCUUUUACCUAUGUGGUAUUAUUGUUGGUGUAUCAGCCUCUUUUAUGUUGCUUGUGUACUAUGUCAGCAAGCUACUGCCAAAAAAAACCUUAACAUAUGGUAUAUUAAUUGGAGGUUGGACGGUCGGUGUAUACAUAUUCCAACAGAUGUGGGAAAACAUCCGCAGUAUUGUUACAACAUAUCAGGCAUAUUUAUUUUGGUACACUCUACUGGUGGGAUUCAUCAGUUUUGUGGUCUGCUAUAGGAUUGGCCCACCAAAGAAUCAGAGAAGCAAGAAUCUUGUCAUGUGGACAUUACAAGGCUUGGGUGCAUUCACUAUUUUCUUUAGCAGCCAGUACCAAGAGGCUUCAGCAGCUGUAGCCGUGGCCACUCUUAUCGUGAAGUACUUCCCACAGUCGCUGAUCGUAGCUGUACAGGGAUACUGGCUUCGUAAGUUCCCGCCUAAACCGAAGCUACUCACAAGUGAAGAGUAUUACGAAGAGGGGGCUCGGGAAACUAAGAAGGCCCUGGAUAACCUUAGAAAAUACUGCUCUAGUCCGGACUGUGCUCAGUGGAACAUAAUGCUUAAGUUACACGACGCCAAAAGAUUCGCAAGUUUCGUAGAGGGCAAUUCUCAUUUGAGCGACGACGAAGUGUUAGGUUAUGAAUCGUAUGCGUUCUCAAUGGAACGUUCAAAAUCGAUCUCAAAUUCCACCAGAGAUCACAUGGAGAUAUCCGAUGAUGAUUCCACGGAGUACGACGAAGAUGAUUGAGGGAAAAAAAAUAUGACCCAAAUAAUGUUUCGAUUCGGGGAGAAUUAGUGGAUAUGGCAAUAAAUUGUCGCCAGUGUAAAGCGCGCUUCAAGUUAAUGAAGUGCAUAUAUUUUGGAUGGAAUGUUAUUUUGUUUGGAUUCUUUUAAUUUAACCGACCCCAGAAGUAAUGAGUGAAGUGAAGUCAUCAGUAUAGUUUCCUUCUCAACAUUCUUUAUAAGUCAUUCUAUGUAUUAUACCUUUCUUUUAUAUAAGAUUUUCUAUUAAUUUUGCUGUGUUAUUUUUAUCAGUCUUCGGUAUCAACAUCGAAUAAAAUUACUAACAAGAAUCUUCAUCGGGAUAUGUGAAUGGCUCCGAUUGAUUAAAUUAUAAGAAAACAAUUGUAUGUUAGUAAUAAUUUAUUUUAUAUAAUUCAUUAUGUUAGCACCAUAUAAGUUUGGUUAUUCAAGACAAUUAAUUUGUAUGAUUUUUUUGUGUUCCUUAUAUUUAAGUCAAGUUUUUCAAAUAAAUUUGUUUCAAUAACA